AUGGCGGUAACGGUGACGCAUAAAGACGGACGGCGGCCGGAGAAAGACGCAAAUAAGCCUACCGUGCAACGACAGUGGCCGUUCCCAGAUCCUUGCCUGUGGUUGCCAGAUGGUUAUAAAUUUCCCAUGGAGAACAAUUGCGCAGGAUAUUGGACAUGCUAUAAAAAACAACAAAUAGGGAAAUGCUGUGCUGUUCAGCAAUCUUUUCUUGUCGGCAAAGGAUGUGUACCGGAUUUCCGUUGUUUUCACAGCUGUCAGUCUGCAACAACUGGAGGAAAUGAUCGUUGCAAAAAUAUUCCAGACAACACAGAGCUCGCUGUGCCUGGCAAAUGUAGACAAUACUUGAGAUGUUACAACGGAAAAACAAAAACAGAGUGUUGUCGGUGGGGUUAUUCUUUUAAACCUGGGAGAGGAUGUCAACGUGAUUAUCGCUGUAAAGAAAAGUGUGAUUCACAAUAUCCAACGCCAAACCCAUACAAUCCCCAAGAUCGUUGCAGAAACAUGCCAGAGGGAUCAGAACUCCGCGUGCCUGGCAAAUGUAGACAAUACUUGAGAUGUUACAACGGAAAAGCAGUAGAGAAAUGCUGUCAGUGGGGUUAUUCUUUUAAACCAGGAAGAGGAUGUCGUCGUGAUUAUCACUGUAAAGAAAAGUGCGAUUCACCACAUCCAAUGCCAGAUCCACACGAUCCCAGAGAUCGUUGCAGAAACAUGCGAGAGGGAUCAGAACUCCGCGUGCCUGGAAAAUGUAGACAGUACUUGAGAUGUUACAACGGAAAAGCAGUAGAGAAAUGCUGUCAGUGGGGUUAUUCUUUUAAACCAGGAAGAGGAUGUCGUCGUGAUUAUGACUGCAAGGAAAAGUGCGAUUCAACACAUCCAACACCAGACCCACAUGGUCUCCAAGAUCGUUGCAGAAACAUGCCAGAGGGAUCAGAACUCCGCGUGCCUGGAAAAUGUAGACAAUACUUGAGAUGUUACAACGGAAAAGCAGUAGAGAAAUGCUGUCAUUGGGGUUAUUCUUUUAAACCAGGAAGAGGAUGUCGCCGUGAUUAUCACUGCAAGGAAAAGUGCGAUUCAACACAUCCAACACCAGACCCACAUGGUAUCCAAGGUAUGUAA